GAUUCCCAGGAAUAUGAUUUAAUUGUCAUUGGUGGGGGAUCAGGUGGUCUUGCCUGUUCAAAUGAAGGUGAGAAUUAUACAAGCCACUAGAAUAUCAACUCCUACUGUAUGUUUCAACUUACAAAACUUAUACACUGACCUUACCCAUGAUACCCAUUACACAGGAUCAUUAAUUGUGCUCUUUCAUAUUGUGGGGAACGGGUAUGAGUGUAUGUAUUAUGUACUUUUUAAAAAACGAGCAGGAGUGUGUAUUUAUCAGUUUUUAAACCUUGUAACACAAGACUGCAAGUUUUUUUGAAGGGCUUCAAAAUCUCUGAUUUUAAGAUCAACUCAUUCUUAUACUAAUAUUUAGAUUUGGGAUUAUUUUGGUCCAAAAAAUUGGACAUAAAGAUUAACUGUGUCUUUAUCAGAUAUAAUCAGAUAUAAAGACACUCAUUAAACAUUGAUUUCUUUUGUUUCUUUGUUAUGAAUUGUGAAUGAGUUUUGACGGGAUUUUCAACACAACACCUACAUAGUCCAAAAGAGUGCAUCAAACUGUAGAAAUUCUAAAAGUUGGUGUUAAUCAGCCCAGUUUUAAACAACAUGCAGACGUAAAAAAACUUCAAAUUAAUUAAAAAAUAUAUAUGGACAUCCAGACAGGUGUCUAGCUUAUUCAACACAUUCCUUUGUAAAUUUUCAAGUUUUUAAUUGGCUGUAUCUUGUUCAAUAUCGGCCUUUUUAACACCAAAAUUAGGGAUUUUCUAAAAUCUGGUGUGGUCUUUCUUUUUAAAUGGCGAGUGUGUAUGUUGAUAAUCCCGUAAUAGUCAUGAACUUGUACCGUGAGUACCCCUGAAAGCCCACAAUGGGGCAGAGAGGUGCUGUUUUAGUAGUUGCAAACUUUUUUUGCUUCUGUGAGUUGCUUGACCAGAGACCUACUGUGGAGGGGAAGCUUUGGGGUGUUGGCUUCUUUGCCCAAGGCAUUGACCUUAAAACUUUAGGAAGAAUGUCACAGACCCUAAGGGGCUAUGUUGUCGGUAUACUGGAUAGCCUUUCAUGCUUGCACAAAUAGCUAUCCAGUUAUAGUAAGAACACUUGUCCGAUAUGUGCAGGGCUUUCAUUAGAAGCCGGCUACCGCCGAAGCUCCGGCGGCUGCGAGUCAUCGAGUCACCAGCUACUUGGUCAUGUUUGUCAGCAAAUACUUCAAAAAUAUAACUCUUAAAAUGUUUACAGCCUACCCAUUUUUCAGUUGAAAUAAAAUUAAUCUGAUAAAAUAUAGCGCUCUCUUGCCUUGAGAUUAUUGGCAUAAAGCAUAUAUAAACAUGAUUUCUGUACCGCGACGGAUCGCAACUGAUUGAGGAACGCUCAACCAUUUUCAGCGGUAUCAUAAUGAAAUUUAGCCUCGCUCCUAAACUAUUACCAUGUGGUUGGUUGAACAAAGAUGGCGGCCAUUUUGGCCGCAUUUCCGAGCUUCUAAAUUUCAAAAUUUUCUGGGGGAGCAUGCCCCCAGACCUAAAUAUUCACAGCCACCUACUAUUAUAUGGGCAGAUGCUUACGUCAAAUCUUAUUGAAAGCCCUGUAUGUGACUCUCUAUUAUUUAGAGAUUGGCGUGGCUCAACUUCACUCCAUUAUGGAAAUUGUGCUAAAAUCACCACUAGUGAACUGAUUUAAGCCUUCUCUGGCAUAGUUUUUGUGCCGGCGUAAAAGCUAUCCCAUACCGUGUAAACAUGCAUGUAGCCUAAUUCUCUUUUUUGUAGGCUGGCCACAGUGUAUGCAAUUAUUUCCAAAGUUGGUUAAUGGGAAAACUGAAAUGAUUUUAAUUUGUUGGCUUGCAGCUGCCAAAUAUGGUAAAAAAGUUGCUGUCUUGGAUUAUGUAUCCCCUUCACCACAAGGUAGGGAAAUUAUAAUAUUAUUAAUGACCAUUUUGUGAAUCUCAAGGUAGUGCAAGUACAUGUACAAAUUUAAAUUUUUUCAGUAACCCUUCACAACAGAUUAACGGGAGGUUAGUUGAAGUGUGUUCUACAGGAGCUUACAUGUGUAUCUUUUCUUAUUUUCCUGUCAAUAACAUUUUUGAAAUGCCCUAAUUUUUAGAUUUUAAAAUGAUUAUAACUAAUUUUUACGAUUUCGAUAUUCGAUGUUGAAAACAAAAUUAGAAAAUCACAUAAUUGGUGAGAAUCAUCCACAAUGUACCCAUUAAAUGCAAUCCAUUACCCCUAAAGUGUGCUUUCAUGGUCCGUGGAAUAGAUCUUCAGUAGCUCAGUGCCAACAGAUCUAGUGCCGGGGUUGACUAAACUUUUUUUUUUUAACCUUGAAUUUUGGUGCUUGUAUUAAAGGAUCAGCAUGGGGCCUUGGAGGUACAUGUGUCAAUGUUGGAUGUAUUCCAAAAAAGCUAAUGCACCAGGCUGCCUUACUGGGAGAGUCAAUCAAGGUAUCCUGACAGUUAAACCUGCAUGAUAUGUGCAGCCAUCUCUGCAAAGCAACCUCCUAUUAUAAAAAAAGUCAGACUACUUAAUUAAAAUAUUAAGACAGUUUAUUUUUUCAAAUAAAAGCAAUACAGUGACAACUUAAGCCCCCUGGCCUGUCAGUAUCCAGCUCCAGUAAUCCACCUCCAAAAUUUGCAGUUUAGGUUGUAUUUUUUGUUCCGUGCAUGCAAUUGAAAUUCUUUCAAGGAAAGAGAAAUAUAAGAAAUGAAGUUAUACUGGUGCACAAAAGUAACUACUGUACACACUCCAUUUUGAGACUUGUGGUGGAUGUGUCAACUGAGGAGAAUAAUGUUAUUUGGGUGUUUACUCAUCGUCAUCAUUUUUGGUUUGUUAGAAUUACUGAUGAAAAUGUGUAACAAGGGGAUGCACUCUAAAAAACUAUUACAUUGUAACUGACAUUGAAAACUAACUAAAUUUAUGAAAUAAAGUGUAUUAUAAAAUUAAAAUGAACUCGAUCCGGAAAUGAAGUUUAUUAAAAAAGGCACAUGUCAGUUAAUGUCCAAUGACUUUGCAGGAUGCACGUCAUUUUGGAUGGAAUGUUCCAGACAAUAUCUCAUUGUCAUGGUAUGUAUUCUUCCUUUGUGGUUAUAUAAUUAAUACAUGCAUUUUUAAAAUUUUUAUUAUGUUAAUUAAAUCAAUUGCUAUAAAGUUAUUAUUGAGUGUUAUGUUGAAAUAAUAUUAUGCUAGUUUGCAAUAAUUAUGAAUAAUUAUUAUUAAGAUUGAUAUGAGAGAAUAAAACAUAAAGAAUGAAUUAUUCAUCCCUGAAUCUCAAUGCCAUUUGUAUUGUUUUAUUCCCCUUAGCCUUGGAGUCAAGCAUGAAUUUAAAUAUUUAAAAACUAACCAAUUAAUUUUUUGGUUACUUCAAGUUUUAGCCAGUAGUAAACUUUAAAAUGAAAAGAGCAAUUGAUUUUGCAAAUGAAAAUAUAUUACUGGCAUAUUAAUCAUCAUCAUCAUCAUCACCAUUAUCAUUAAAGUUGCUCAAUAGACAUGUAUCACUUAAAUUGUACAAAGUUGACUUUGGUGAAGUGAACAAUGCUUGAAUGAUCAGUGCCGGGGAUUAAGCUCAUGGCUGGCUGCCAGCUUAUUUCACUGGCUGAAAGAGAGUUAACCACCUGCAGCUCAAAAUGUUGAAAUUACAAAGGCAUGGAGAUUGACUGAUAAGAAAGCCUACUUCCCUUUUCCAUAGCUUUAAGUGCACUCUUCUCCUACCAAAGUGUCUUGUAUUUAAUAAUUAUUGUGAGAUAAAGGGAGAAUUUCACAUUACAUCAAAAGUCAUGAUAGGGCCUAUCUGGAGUAACCUAUCCUUACAUAUACAUGAACAUAGCAUGGAACGUAUGUGUCAUGUCUCCUGUUUUUUUUUUUUUUGUUAAUGACAUGUCAGGGAAAAAUUGGUCCCAGCUGUUCAGAAUCAUAUCAAGUCACUAAACUGGGGCCACAGAGUCAAGCUACAUAACAAGUAAGGAAUUGCAAUUUAAGCGAUAUAGUUUAUAUAAAUCAGAGUACAAUAAUUGAAUUAUAGUGAUAGAGACAGUAUCUGUUGAAUGUAAAAUCAUUUGUUCAGUGAGAAAGAAUUUUAUUUAAGAUUAUAAAAUUUGAAACAGGCACUGUACCAAACUUCAUAGAUUACUUCUACAAUGUGUACACUUUUUGCACAUGAAGCUCGUGUGCCUCUGACAAUGUAGGUCUUAUUUCAUGUCCUGCUAAAAACCAAAGAGUUGAAACAUCCAAAUUUUCUUCCCAAUAAUGCUGCUAUUUUACUAAACAAAAAUCUCCCUUCUUCUCACAUAAUUACAGCAAGGUGGAGUACCUCAAUGCAAAAGGAUCAUUCUUGGACCCUCACACAAUUAAAGCAGUACUGCAGAAUGGCACUGAGGUACGUUACACAGUGACGUAAAUACUGGAAUGAUAGUCUCUAAUUAGGUAGACCUCCUUGUACAGGUCUUGUAAGUGUGAUAGAGAGAUCCUUGGUUGAAUGCGUAAGGAACACAACUCAACCCAUUUGUACUGAAAGCUCCACUGUUCUGGGAUAAUUAUAUAAUGAGAUGAACUUUAAGAUGUUACAGCUGCUGUUAAUAAUUAUAAUAAUUAUAAUAAUUAUCUCAACAAUUAUUGUUGAGUGCAGCCCACAAUGGCCACGAGAACAAUUAAACUUAACACCAAACUGUGGUCUGAACUACAUUUUCAGCAGCAGUGAAUGGUCUUUUCAUAAAAGUGAACUAGCCCACAUUCGUUAUAUUGAAACUCCAACAUGACUCUGUGGCUUUAGGGUCAAAAUGGCAACUUUUUUCAAGACGCCAGUGUCUUGCAAUUCCCAGAAGAGAUUUGAGCACAAAGGAAACCAAACUAAAAUAUAGAAAAAUGACCAGAAAGCCUCGGAGUCAUGUUAUAAUUUUAAUAUAUCUUAUGUGUGGCUUUCAGUCUCGAUUUUUCAUCAGUCUUGAAUUAAAUUUACUCUAAAUGCCACCAACUGUUUACGCAAAAUUAUUUUUCAUUAUUAUUUUUCUAAUAAUUAAAAUUUACUGUUUUCAGAAAACUCUCAGAGCAGAGAAUUUUGUCAUAGCUGUAGGUGGAAGACCAAGAUUUCCAUUUGAGGUCAGUGAAGUUAUUAAUAAAUUUAUAUUAAAAGUACUAGAACGGCUGUCGCUAAGGUUUCAAGUUGCCGUGUAGAUACAACAAGUAGGCAGGGAAUCAAACCGCUAGGGAUUUCUUUGGUUCUAUUUUUCUUCUUUUUUUCUUUGGCAGUAGCCGGGGGACCACGUUCUUAUACAACCCUGACUAAAUUUUGGGUAGCAAGGGCUGUGCAAUGGUGAGAGCACUCGCCUCCCACCAAUGUGACCUGGGUUCGAAUCCUGGCGUCAACUCCAUAUGUGGGUUGAGUUUGUUGUUGGAUCUCUCCGUUGCUCCGAGAGGUUUUUCUCCGGUUUUCCCUUCUCCUCAAAAACCAACAUUUCCAAAUUCCAGUUCGACCAGGAAUCAGGUACACGAAGAACCACUAUUAAAGUGGAUGUGCUACCUCCAAAUCGUUAUUGAUUCAUAUCCCUCUGAUGCAGCAUGUGGUCUGUGAUUUUGUUUAUAUUUGCCAUUGCCCUGACACUAAAACUCUCUUUUGUUUAUGUAAUUAAACAUUGAACACAAUUAUUUACUAUUAAUUUAAUAUUUCUUUUUUUAAGGUACCAGGUGCAAUGCAGUAUGGCAUCAGCAGUGAUGAUCUGUUUUCUUUGGAAAAGCCUCCAGGAAAAACGUGAGUAUGAUUGCUUCCCUGUUAAUCACAUAGACUGCGAGCAAGCUCUUCGAUUACAGCGAGCGACACGAGGCGAGAAAGAACGAGCGAGCGAGCGGCGAAGUCGCGACGCCCCUCGCUCUCGCGCGAGUUCUCGAGACUUCCCCAAAUGGAGAGCUUGCUCGCAAGCUAUUAAUCACAGCGCAUAGAGAACAAACAGUAUUGACAGUUGUUUCUGCGAGCCAUUGCUUGCGAGCAAUACUUAAAAAAAAAACUACAAUGUAAUCAAUAGUUUUGGAUGGAUAACCGUAUUUAGAGUAAAGAUUUGUAAGCUGAUGACUUUCUGUCUUAUCGUGUUUUGACGUAACUUCAGUGAGGAACGAAAGUUAAACUGUAAAGAUCAUAAUUUCCACUUCUUCUUUGCCUUCAAUUUUUCCGCCAAAUGUUCGCUGAUUCCUACAAAAAAAAAUACUGUCAGAAUGUAUAUAGUUGUAUUUUUUUGCAACUUGUUAAAAGCCCUUUCAAUAUGCUUUUGUUUGCUUGUGCCACCUGCUUGAAAGCCUCGUUAUCUUGGCCUGUAAAGUGCGCAGUCUCCGCCUUUCUCCCUUUGAUAUAUGGCCUUUAAGAUACGAACCUCAAAGUUGCUUAGUAACACAGGUGUCCCAAGCUCACGUUACGAGAGUGGAAUUUACAUUCCACUCUCAUAACGUGAGCUUGCGAGGCCUGUGCUAGUAAGAGGUAUAAUGUCGCUCAUGUAGUAGUAUAAUUUUAGAUUAACACAAAGUUGUCUGUCAAAAAUCAUAGUUACAAUAAUUGGCUGUCUCACAAAAGUGACCCACUGUCUGCAGGUACUUCUUAUUUUGCUGUGGGUAAAGUGAUUUCCCUUGGUCAUCUCGCCACUAACAAAGUCGCCACCAAGAAGUCGACUCGCCGCCAACUAACUCGCCACCAAGUAAGAACUCUGUAAUCGAAUUCGAAUAAGCUUAACGAAGAAGUGAAAUUCUAGGUAAGUAAUCCUAGGUGAGUAAACACUCCGAUUAAUGCAGAGUGGUGGCGAUCGAUUAGCCUUCUUGGGGGCGAGUUGGUUGGCGGCGAGUCGACUUCUUGGUGGCGAAAUAACCGUAAACCACCGUGCGGAUUAAUUUUCCUUUAAAUCGUCAUCAGACUUCUCUUAUAAAGAUUUUAGUGUCCCUUACUGUUACUAACAGCUAUUUUGUAUCCUUUUGCAGUCUGGUUAUUGGUGCUUCAUGUAUCCUUUUACAUUUCAGAUUUCUCUUGUUUUUGCUCUAUUCACAUCAUUUCGCCCUGCUCUCAUUUUUGGCAUAGUUGACUUUGGAUGCUCCUUAGACAACUCUUUUGAUUUUCAAGCGAAUUUAUAAUUCAAAUAAACAUUUCGUUUCUUGCGGUGUUCUUUCCUUUUUUGGACUUCUGGAGAAAAAGGUUUCAGACUCUUUCUGCUGUUACUAUCUCUACCAGAGCAGAAGGGAGCCACCGAAACCUUAGCCAUCUGUGAUACAAUUGAUGGUUUUGCUGUACCUAGAGUACAGCAGAAGGCAGUGAGCUCACUGAAUAAUUCUACACAGGAAACUUUUCCCUGACAAUAUUUUAUGGAAGACGUGGCAUUGGAAUGUGCCGGUUUUCUGACAGGCUUAGGAUUCGACACGUCAUUGAUGAUGAGGUCUAUACCACUACGUGGGUUUGAUCAGGUGAGACUCUUUCAAGCUUUCUAGGCAGGUAUUCCAGGUGCAAAAUCAAAAACCAGGCCGAGAAUUACUGCAGUUGACCUGACCUGCGAUAACUGCUGCAAAGUACAGGCCGUCUUUUUCAGACUACUCCUUAUUUAUUUUCGUGGUUUUAUGUACAGCGCGCGUAGUUCGCUCGCGGUUAGUACGGUUGUUUAUACUGAAAGAGGUUAAGCCUUCUCCCGAUGGCAAAAUGACAAAACUUCUUACAUUUGAUAACUUGUUCCCGCCAAUACUACAUUUUGGCUAAAACUCGUGGGAGAAUGACGACGGCCAUCGCGUUUUCCCGCCGAAAUGACGCUGGUUCACGCGUGAGCAAUACUCAGUAUUGAGAAAAUCUAAACAAAAUCUCGUAUUCGUAGUCGUCCUCGUCUCCGAGUCUAAAGCACUCUAUUGUUGUGUGGAAUUCGUCACUUUAAAAACCAGCAGGAAACUGGGCCGAGUUAACGUUUGCAAAGACUUCUGGGUCUGUUAUGUUACAAGGGUCAGGUAAAACGAUUGGCCAUUAGCUGACUGGUGCGCCCCAGUAACAAUCCCAGAAACACGUGUGGGACACAUUUUGGUUCCUUUCUCGUUUCUAAAGUGGUGAAUUGCGCUAUCGGUCUGUUUUGGUGGACUAAUAGACCUUUUUACCGAUACGGCGGCCACAUUGAAUUAAGGAGUAUUAUAGGAUGCCGAGGGAGCAUGAGCACAUUUCGUUUGUAUUUUCGAGCGCUUUUCGGGACAUUUUUUGUUAAAGUUUUCUUAGAAUAAGAUUCUAAUGGAAAAAAAGAUCCUUGUGCCAUGUUUGGAUGUAGUAAUGAUCGCCUUUUUCCCAAGAAAUAUACAGUGAAAGACCAUAUUUCUAAUACUAAACUAGAAAAAGGCGAUCAUUAUUACAUCCAAACGCGGUACAAGAAUCUUUUUUCCCAUUGCAAUCUUAUUCUAAGAAAACUUUACGAAAAAAUUUCCCGAAAAGCGCUCGAGAAUACAAACGAAAUGUGCUCAUGCCCCUGGGCAUCCUAUAAUACUCCUUAAUUCAAUAUGGCCGCCGUAUCAGUAAAAAGGUCUAUUUUGACCUAAUUUUCUGUGCAACGUCGCCAUAGCCAAUGAAAAAAGAGAAAUCGUCUCCAAAACAAUCGCCUAGUGCAAUUCGACACUACAGAGACCCAUGUCAGUCUCCCGCUAGACCUCAAAAUCAAGCGCAAUAUGGCCAAUUCUAGGGUUGUCCGUUAGGCGAGAGUUGGUUGUUUUCCGAAUUUUUUGUUGCUUGUGCUUAACUAGCAAAUGGCCCAGCUCGUGUCAGAUUACAUGGAGAACCAUGGAACUAGGUUCUUGAAGCACUGUGUUCCUGUCAGAGUCGACAAAGAUGACAGCGGAUUACUUCAUGUAACUUGGAAAGAAACUGAGACGGGCAAAUCACAUCAAGAAACGUUUGAAACAGUUCUGUUUGCAAUCGGUAAGCCACAAUAAGCUAACAAAACCAAGAGCUCGAAAUAAUGGCCGGUGAACAGAAAAUGUUCGGCCAGAAUGGGGUCUUGACCGGCCGGAAACGUCACUCGCCGGUCAUGUUGACUGGUCACGACGCACACUCAUUUUUGAACAACCAGCCAAAUCCUCACCUGUAAAACUUAGAUUUUUGUCUCUUUGUAAAAAUGCAAUUAGGAAAUUGCACAAGGGUUUGGCAACAUAUUUUUGCAAUAUUUUAACUGGUGAUAAAAGAAGCUUGACGGAGCAAAAAUUUCUUUGGCCGGUCAUCGUGUCCGGCCACCGUCCGGAAGUUAUUUUAAGCCGUGAAACAAAGAAGUCUGGCGAAGUGAAUAAUUAUCUGGUACACUUUAUUAACUAUCAUUACGAGCUAUACCAAGUUCUAUUGCAGCUAUUAAUUAAUAAUGUUAUUGCACGAACCUUCGAUUACUAAAACUGCCUUUCAUGUAGGCAGGGAUCCAGAGACAAGCCAACUAAAUCUUGAGAAGGCGGGAGUUGAGGUGCAUCAACAAACCAAGAAAAUUGUUGGAAACAACAGCGAACAAACAACAGUCCCGCAUAUUUUCGCCAUCGGAGAUGUGCUACAGGUAUUUGAUAGAACUCAAAUCAUGAUGGAAAAGCUCGUUCCCAGUGUCUUGCAUCUCCCCUACGACCAGGGGCCCGGAAGAGGAGAUACCGUGGGAACGAGGUUGAUAAGACAGGAACCACAAUCUCGAUGUCUUUUUAUAUCCAAAGUAUUGUCAAGCUUCCGCAACAAUAGAUUAUCGCACUUAUGAAAUCGUAGCUGGGAUACCGUUAGGGUACAAUUACGCUCAUAAGCCCCUGGCUUAUACAACUUCCUAAGGGGUUUCAGGAGGGCCCAUAUAUGGGGUGGGGCUUAUAAUAUCCGGUUGAGGGGGGGGGGGGGCUUAUAACUUAAUUGGACGAAGAAAGAGCGUUUCAAACACACUACAUAGAGCAUUGCUGAUCAAAAGACUAUUUUAGUUAACUCGCUUUCUUUAAGCUUCAAAACGUCGUAAAAAUAGAAUCCAUUUCAAUACAAGCUACAGAUGGUGGGGGGCUUAUCCAGGGAGGAGGGCGCUUAUCAGCGGAAGUUUACGGUAUCAUAAUUCAUUAUCACUCAACCCAACCCCCCCCCCCAUAAAAAAAAAAAAAUGAAUCCAGGCCCAGGUUUCUGUUUUUCAUUAUUUUGGUGAUGAAAUUUAAUUGUUCUUUAACACUGGGUUUCCUUUCCUAGAUUUUAGGGAACUUAGGAAGCCACUAGGGCGAUCAGAACGACAAACAAAACAAUAUGUUUCAUGAGAAAAAUAAAGGCAGUAAAUAAUUAUCUUCUGUAUGUAGCUGAGUUAUCAGUUUGUUUCGUUAACAGGAUAGGCCAGAGUUGACUCCAGUGGCCAUUAGAGCUGGAAAGUUGUUGGCUGAUAGGCUUUUUGGAGGCUCUGACAUUUUGAUGGACUAUGAUAAGGUUGGAGUAGAACACUGAAGUAUUAAUUGCUGUUUUUUGUUAGUUUAUCUUUUUUUUUUCACUGAGUAUUUGGUCAAUUAUACUCUGAAAUAGGAAUAAAUAAUCGAGAGAUUGACUUGCUAUUCAAGUUCAAUAGCGGAAAUUGCAGUUUAAGGUCUCCUUUAGGCUUGUGAAGCCAAUUGUUUUAACUAUAAAGGUAUCGCUUAGUGUCGUGCGUUCUCUAAAAUCUUGCUCCCCAACUUUUUACUUGACAGGUUCCCACGACAGUGUUCACACCACUGGAAUAUGGUACAGUCGGUCUUUCGGAAGAGAAAGCUAUCGAUAUGUACGGAGAAGACAAAAUUGAGGUACGGUAGGGUUGCUAUGAGAAGCAAUGAGGGUUAUAUAUGAAAGUGUGAUAUGACCUGGCGAGAUUUCGCUAAAUUUGUAUUGGUUUAACAUCUAAAAAGGAUUUAAGAGGCUACGUAUCAAGGUCCCAGAAACCGCCCCUGUACACGGCGAUCACCAUUUUAACAGACUCUUGGCAGUCCGUACUUCUUCACAUGGUAGAGAGUAAGUUUCACUUAUACGGCAAACGUAAGAUUCAAGUUGGAAAUUUCUCAAAAUAGAAAAUAAGCAGAGAAAAAAGUUCAAAAUAAUUCUUAUGGAUGAAAAAUUGCGUGGUACAACUUUGCGUUUGCCGUUUGACGUAAACUUGAUGCUCAACCCCUUUUUAAGUGACAAAAGGUGAACUUUAGGAGCGAAAGUACGUGUAAUAAGGGUCGCGGCGGGGAAUGGCUUGAAGGAGGGAAGUGCCCUUUUCUUUGAUGCGUUUUGUUCUCAUUAAGUUUAUGCCAGGUGCGACUUUGAUGUAAGUAGUAAAAGUCAAAUUUUCAUUGAGAGAAUUUAUCCAAUUAUUAUUGAUCCAGCCUUGGGGACCAUGCAUCCUUUAGCCAGUAAUAGACUACAAGAAGUCCCUUAAGUUCGUCAGAGAUACUACCGAGCCAGAGGAACGCGACACGCGAAAGGGAGAAAAAAAUGUCCUCUUCCGGUAUGCAAGAUUCACCCGCGCUCACGUAUUUCCUCAUUAAUUUUCUGUUACGAGGCGCUCCACUUGUAGCUAGAAUUGUACAUUUCAACGUUGCUCUUCGACGACACUGCGGACGUCAAUUUCAUUUUCUAGAUUCCGAUCUGUUUAUUUUCUAGGUGUAUCAUGCCUUUUACAUACCACUCGAGUUUAUCGUACCUGGUAGACACGCUGAGCAGUGUUACAUGAAGGUAAGUCUCCUGCUCCUAGCCUUAUCACUCAAUCAGAUCACAAAACUGACGAAUCGUUUUCUCUUUUGUUAAUUGUCAGGCCGUUUGCUUAAGGGAGGGAGAUCAGCCUGUUGUUGGUCUCCAUUUUAUCGGGCCUUCCGCCGGGGAGGUUAUUCAGGGCUUUUCUGCCGCUAUGAGGUAAGUACAUCGGCGUAGGGUCAACUCUCGCGCAGGAUUAGCUUAGACCGCGCAGGAUUAGCUCAGUUGAUAGAGCUCUUGACUGCAGAGCGCGAGGUCGCGGGUUCGAUUCCCGGGACCGGACCAACACUCAGGGUCUUAAAAUAACUGAGUAAUGAGGGUACUGCCUUGGCCCUGCGCAAAUGGCUAGAUCUUCGCGUGGCUCGGAAGGCCACGUAAAAUGGCGGUCCCGUCUUCAGUACGAGACGUAAAACUAGUGUCCCCAAUUAGUACUUUCGUGCUAAAUACAUUGACACUCAAAUGAAGUACAAGUUUUUUUUUUCUCAGAUGGACACCUUCGGGGCUGGCCCCGACUGUCCGUGUUACAGAGGUGUCCGUCUUAUAGAGCAGUCCGUUUCAUUUCGUGACAGUCAAGCUGCACCGUGUAAGAUGAAAUUAUAAGCCGUAACUACUCAAACGUAGCCUGCACAGCAAGUGCAUGAUAAAUCGUGAUAGAUUUAGGGCGUACCAAAAGGCAUUUUUCGCGCUCGCCGCUUAUUAAAGAGCCCCCAAUAGGGUUCUUCAAUCUUGCAAUCCCGACUCAAUAUUUCGUGCAAUCCCUUAACCCCGAGUGUUAUACUUGGCAUCCCACUCCCGUGCAUACUUUCAAUCCCAAAACUCGCCCCGAUUUUGCUUUCAAAUCCUGAAUCCCGAACUUCAAAUAAGGGAAAUCCCGGAUCCCGAAAAACGUAUUGAGGACCCUCGAAAUUGUUUAUUCGCCUGUCAUGCAUGCAUACUCAAAUGGAAACGUGAAAAGUUUUGUGGCUUUCUUUUGAUUCUACUUAACAAGGUGGGUAUAACUUUUUAGUCUGAGGAUGCAAUCCCAAAUGUGCCUUUGAUGGGGGCAAAUACUGAUCACUUAUUAUUUGUAUUAUUUUCUAGGUGUGGUCUGACAUACGAGAGUUUAUCCUCGACUGUUGGCAUUCAUCCAACUUGCGCAGAAGUGGUUGUGAAAAUGCGUAUCACCAAAAGAUCUGGGUUGGAUCCAACUGUUACAGGCUGCUGA